AAACGCGGCAAAUCCAAGAAACUUGCAGGACUGUCUUCGGACGAUUUAGAGAAAGCCCGCCUGGCCCGCAAAAAGUCCGGCGUGGUAUACAUGUCCCGCAUCCCCCCCUUCAUGAAACCCCAAAAAGUCAAACACCUCCUCCAGAAAUUCGGCCCAAUCGGCCGCAUCUUCCUCGCCCCCGAAGACCCAAAAUCAUACGCCAAGCGUGUCCGGUUCGGUGGUAACAAAAAGAGAAACUUCACGGAGGGUUGGAUCGAGUUUAAGGAUAAGAAAGUAGCGAAGACGGUUGCGGAGACGUUGAAUGCGACGGGCAUUGGAGGGAAGAAGGGGAGUUACUAUCAUGAUGAUUUGUGGAAUCUCAAAUAUCUGCCCAAGUUCAAAUGGGAUCAUUUGACGGAACAAAUCGCCUACGAGAACGCCUCCCGACAGUCCCGUCUUCGUGCCGAAAUUCAACAAGCAACACGCGAGAACAAGACUUUUAUUCAAAACGUGGAGAGAGGGAAGAUGGUCGCGAAUAUGGAGGCGAAGAAGAGUGCGAAGAGAAAGAGGCAGGAUGGUUCUGCUACUGGUGCUGGUUCGGAGAAGGGUGAGGGUGCGGAGAUUGAUGUCAGGAGAAUGUUCAGGCAAAGGGAGUUGACGGAUAAGACGAAGCCGAUUAAGGAGGGAGAGGGGAGGGAGAAGGUUGAGAGGGUUCUUAGCAAGAUUUUUUAG